UGAGCCCUUGUAUGAGGAGAUGCCACUGCCUGGAGACCAUGGCCUUCCCCUCCAGCCUGGCAAUGAGCCACCUGCAACCUAACAGGAAGUGACCUUGGCUUCCUGCCUGACUCAGCUGAGCCUGGAUCCUACCUGUAGGCAAGAGUUGACUCUGAGCCCUGGCCCAGCCAAGCUGACCCCUACCUUAGACCCCAUGCACCGGAUGGAGCUGAUCCUGAGUACCAGCCCAGCAAAGCUGACUCUAGAUCCUGCAUGCCAGCCAGAAUUGACCCUGAGAUUCAACCUGACCAAGCUAACCCUGGAUCCUGCACGCCAGCCAGAGCUGUCACUGAGUCCCAGGAUAGCUGAGCUGACCCUGGAUUCCACAUGCCACCCAGAGAUGACCCUCAGUCCUGGCCCAGCUGAGCUUACCCUGGAUCCUGAACACCGGGCAGAGGAGACCCCAGCCCUCAACCCGGCUGAGUUGAUCCUGGAGCCUGUGCACUGUCGACCUGAGCUCCUGAGUGCUUGUGCUGACCUCAUCAAUGACCAGUGGCCCCGCAGUCGUGCCUCCCGUCUCCAUUCCCUGGGCCAGUCCUCAGAUGCCUUCCCCCUCUGCCUGAUGCUGCUGAGCCCUCAUCCCACACCUGGAGCAUCCCCUAUUGUGGUGGGCCAUGCCCGUUUAUCACGGGUCCUGGACCAUCCCCACAGCCUCUUAGUGGAGACAGUGGUGGUAGCCCGGGCUCUGAGGGGCCGUGGCUUUGGUCGCCGCCUCAUGGAGGGCUUGGAGGCUUUUGCCCGAGCCCGGGGCUUUCGCCGGCUGCACCUCACUACUCACGAUCAGUUAUACUUCUACGCCCAUCUGGGCUACCACCUGGGCGAGCCCGUGCAGGGUCUGGUCUUCACCAACCGUCGGCUGCCCACUACGUUCCUACGUGCCUUCUCUAAGACACCCUGCCCCCAGCCACCCUGCAAGGGGCCUGUCCUAGCUGCCCAAGCUGUCCCAAGGAGCUCUAAGGGACCUCCAUUGCCACCACCUCCUCCCCUACCCCCGUCUCUGACCACCUCACCCCCACCUUCACCAGGACCCCUUCCUCAAAGCCUGCUAGAGGCACGAUACCGAGAUCUGAAGGGGUGCCCUAUAUUCUGGAUGGAAAAAGACAUCUGAAGGCUAGGCACUGUCUCUCUGGGACACUGAAUUGCCCAGAACAGUCCCAGCCUCAGUCCACUGGCCAUACUUUAGCCCCCUAGCCCUUGGGGCCGACCUUAGCCUGUGUAUGUUUCCUGGGUACCAAUGGGCCAGGAGGUGGCUUCAGAGCUUCGGCUCAGAGCUGUUAGUGUGGCUAAAUAAAGGCUUCCAUUAGGUA